GUUAUGUUGCCCCUGGUUGCAAUAAAUAUCAACAACAGCAACAGCAAUGAUGGCAAAAAAGAUGACAAAAAGGAAUCAACAAAGGAUGAUAAAAUUCACAAGGAGGAAGAUGACCAGAAAAAUGUGAAGAAAAAUGACAAGGGCAAGAAAUAUGACAACAAAGACGCAAAAGAAUUAAAUGAGGUGUGGAUCAUGGACCCUGCCUCAGACAUGUACUACUACUGGCUGUGCAUCAUUGCCCUACCUGUGUUAUACAGUCUGAUGCUACUUGUGACCAGGUCUUGUUUCAAUGAACUGCAGUAUAAAAAUGUAACAUUAUGGAUUGUUUUGGACUACAGUGCAGAUGUGCUUUAUUAUAUUGACAUGUUUGUGAGAGCCAGAACAGGUUUUCUGGAACAAGGACUACUUGUGAAGGAUCCAAAGAUUCUGAAAGAAGCCUAUAUGAAGACAAAGCAGUUUAGAUUUGACAUCUUAUCUAUAAUUCCUACUGAUAUAGUAUUCCUGAAAACUGGAAUCCACAAUCCAGAGUGGAGAUUCAACCGUCUCUUUAGGUUAGGUCGGCUGUUUGAGUUCUUUGACCGAACUGAAACUCGCACCAAUUACCCCAAUAUUUUCCGAAUUGCUAAUCUUGUACUUUACAUCAUCAUCAUUAUCCACUGGAAUGCUUGCCUCUACUUUGCCAUCUCCAAGACCCUUGGAUUUGGCUCAGACACCUGGGUAUAUCCAGACAUCAGGAAUCCUGAGUAUGCUUACUUGACCAAACAAUACAUUUAUUGCUUUUACUGGUCCACACUUACCUUGACCACAAUUGGUGAGACUCCACCACCUGUGCAAGAUACUGAGUAUCUAUUUGUGGUAGUUGACUUUCUCACUGGUGUUUUGAUUUUUGCUACAAUUGUUGGCAAUGUUGGUGCGAUGAUAUCUAACAUGAAUGCUGCACGUGUUGAGUUCCAGGCUAAGAUUGAUGCAAUCAAGCAAUACAUGCAAUUUCGAAAGGUCAGCAAAGACCUGGAGGCAAGAGUGGUGAAGUGGUUUGACUAUCUUUGGACUGAAGAGAAAACAUGUGAUGAGAAACAGGUUUUGAAAAAUCUGCCAGACAAACUAAAGGCUGAACUUGCCAUUAAUGUACAUCUGGAGAUACUAAGUAAAGUACGGAUCUUCCAAGACUGUGAAGCUGGUUUGCUUAUUGAGUUGGUCCUUAAGCUUCAGCUUCAAGUUUUCAGUCCUGGAGACUACAUUUGUAAGAAGGGUGACAUUGGCAGGGAAAUGUAUAUCAUCAAAGAGGGAAAGCUGGCUGUUGUGGCUGAUGAUGGGGUUACUCAAUAUGUAGUCCUCAGUGAUGGUGCAUACUUUGGAGAAAUUAGUAUCCUUGGUAUCAAGGGCAGUAAGGCGGGAAACCGCAGAACAGCUAACAUCCGAAGUGUUGGAUACUCUGAUCUGUUUGCCUUAUCCAAAGAUGAUCUGAUGGAGGCUCUCAUAGAGUAUCCUGAUGCUAAAACUGUACUAGAAGAGAAAGGAAGGGCAAUUCUCUUGAAAGAUAACCUAAUAGAUGAGUCACUGGUGGCUGCUACUGAUGCCAAAGACUUGGAGGACAAAGUCACCAAGAUUGAAGCUAGCUUGGAAGUCAUCAUAAGCAAAUUUCAUAAGAUGAGAGAACAGUAUGAAUCUUCACAGCGAAAACUCAAUCAGCGACUCGUUAAUAUGGCAAACCAGGUCCAAACCCUCAGAGUAGAAAAUGAUUAGACUUUAGUUUGGAAUGUCAUCUUCCAAAGAGUCUUCAUCUCUGAGGCCACCCCAUGUUACUCUAAUGCUCCUUGUACUCUCUACCAAUAUUGGAGUUUGACAUUACAUUUUUAAUAGCGAGACCAGUGAACUAGUAUGGUCCCAGUCACACCAUGAAAAACAAUGUUUGGAGGCCACAGCAUGACCAGUGUGUAGUCACCUUGUUAUUAUGUUGCAACCAUGAAAAUGAAAUGGAAGUGUUGAAGGCUUGGUCCAGGUGCACAGCCCCCCGACCGUCAGGUGCACAGUCACAUAGCUAUAAUAUUGCCAUGUAAUCCUGGCCUACUGUUGUCAGCUUACAAAUGAAUGGAGCCAAGAUGGCAGUUACAUGCAAUCUGUAUGAACUAAUACAGCGAAUGUCUGUGACAAAUAGAGGAACAGUACAAAUCUAUUGGCAUUUGUUGUUUCUCUGAUGCAGAGCUGUCUCAGUUGCAGAUUUCACACCUUAUUAAUAACUGCAAAUCAAGGUAAGGGUGCAAAAGCUAUAAACUAUUU